AUGCAGCGCAUUCAAAAUCCAGCGAAAGUGGCUCUUCGGCAGCAUAUCAAGCAGAAGCUUCAAACCCUAACACCCGACGAACGUCAGCGACAAUCGGGCAUCAUAAUCGACAAGGUUAUGGCACUUCCGUUCUACGAACGCUGUCAAAGGAUUAGCGUCUAUCUCAGCACCGAAACCGAAGUCAACACCAAGCCCCUGCUGGAGCGCAUGUUUCAACAGCGAAAACAGGUCUUUGUGCCGACGUACAAUAGGAGCGCAAUGAAAAUGGUUCGAAUCAAUGAUAUGGAGGAUUACGACCGGCUACCGAAGACCACGUGGAAUAUCAAACAGCCUGCCUUUGACGAUGCAACACGCGACGAUGGACUCACAACAGGUUUGGAUCUAAUCAUUCUGCCCGGUGUAGCUUUUACCAAAGCGGGUGCACGUCUCGGUCACGGUGGUGGAUAUUAUGAUCGAUAUUUGAAGGAGUACUUUGGCAAACACCCGAACACACCACAACACACCACCCAUCUGGUGGGGAUUGGAUUUGGCGAACAAAUUGUACCGGAUGACGAGCUACCGGCCGAAGCGCACGAUGUAUCGAUUCAGCACGUUGUAACUGUGGAUUGAAUAAUGUA